ACAACGUUCGCGACUUUGUUUGGAUUUGUGAAUUGUAAACUCUUCGAUUUGGUGUGAAUAAGGAUAGGAAUAGUCGUCAAAGAUAUGGAAACCCCACUGCAAGGAUUUUACAAAAACAAGACCAUAUUCUUAACCGGUGGUAGUGGAUUUUUAGGAAAAGUGACCAUUGAGAAGCUGCUCCGAUCGACGGACGUGAAACGAAUCUAUGUCCUUAUUAGAUCCAAGAAGGGUAAGGAUGUGCAGGAUCGCAUUGCCGCCUGGAAUGAGGAUGUCGUUUUCAGUGAAGUGCUCAAGUCGAAACCUGAGAGCUUAAAGAAAAUAGUGCCCAUAUCGGGAGACUGCGUGGAGCCGGAUCUGGGCAUCAGCAAAGGCGACAGGGAGUUGCUGGCAAAGGAGGUGCAGGUGGUGCUACAUGGAGCGGCAACUGUCCGCUUCACGGAGCCACUGCAUCUGGCGCUCGACAUCAAUACUCGGGCCGCUCGCCUCAUGCUGGAGCUGGCCAGGGAGAUGACUCGCCUGGAGGCAUACGUGCAUGUGUCGACGGCCUUCUCGAAUUGCAUCACUGAUCACAUCAAGGAAGAAUUCUAUCCGGAGCACCUAACCUGCGGUGUCGAUAAGGUCUUGGCCAUGAGAAAGAUUCUGAGCGAUGAGCUGCUGGAUGGCCUGUCGCCAUUGUUGGUUGGCAAGUAUCCCAACACAUACACCUACACCAAGGCCCUGGCGGAACAAGUCCUGCAGCAGGAGGCGGGGGACUUACCCGUGUGCGUCUACCGACCUGGCAUUAUUGUUGCCAGCUACAAAGAGCCCGUUGAGGGAUGGAUUGACAAUAUUUAUGGUCCCACAGUUCUACUAUACGCCACUGCGCUUGGAUAUAUAAGAAUAACCCCGUUGAAUACCGAUGCGAAUGCAAAUAUUUUACCCAUUGAUUACUGUGUCAAUUUGUUUUUGGCGCUUGCCUGGCGCACCGCAGAGGAAAAUGCCACCCGUAAGAGGAACGGAAUUCUUCCACCACCUCCACCCAUUUACAACUAUGUUCCCUCGAAAAGCAACAUGCUGACCUGGGGCGGAUUCAGAGAUAACUCGUUGGCGAGGUCCAAAGACUUUCCGUUCGAGCAAAUGAAGUGGUUACCAUUUCUUCAAUGCACUACAAAUUUUUGGGUUUUCAAAGUGCUCUCAUUUUUGUAUCACCUUGUGCCCGGCUUCUUAAUAGACGUCGUGUUGCGUUUUAAAGGUCAGAAGCCACGAGCCGUUCAAGUCUACAAGAAAUACCACAAUGCUAUGUACAUUUUGGCAUUUUUCGGGGCAUCCACCUGGCACUUUGACACCAACAAUACGGAUAAUAUUUGGCAAUCCCUGACACCACAGGAUCAACAGCUUUUUCAGUUCGAUAUGAGCACCUUGGAUUGGGAUGAUUAUUUUUAUCGGUCGACCUGUGCUAUGCGUAUCUAUCUGGGUAAAGAAGAUCCCAGUCCUGCGGGUAUUAAGCGGGCUCAGAGGGUGAGAGCACGAUACUUAAUAUUUCAUCGGCUGCUGCAGUUUGUCCUUUACGGCGGUGCUCUAGCCAUUCUGUGGACUGUGUUAAAGUCCCUAAUAGGUUUCUAGUCUACAUAUUCGCACAGACAUUGGAAGGGAACCCUGUACUUGCUCUGUAAAAAACGCAAAAUAUAAAUGAUAAUAAAAAUGGUACAAAAA